CGGCAUACCAUUUUGCAAACUUUCUUUUCAUUGGUCAAUUACUUUGAGGCGGUCCCGCUGCAUUCCUUUAGUUUUUAAGACAAAAUGGGGAAGUUUAUCAUAUAAGAGUUCUCAAACAUUGUAAUAAGUACUUUUUAAAUCCUCUAUUAGUUGAGAGUUGUUACAACAUUUGUAGUUCUAUUCUGAUAAUUUAAAUUCACCUGAAAUUUCUAGAACCAUUCAGAUUCUCAUUGACCAAUCAGAGAACGGCUCUCAACCGGCAUUAAUUUCCUUUAAUUUUUCAUGCUUUCUAGAAACUUCAAGAAUUCAAUGGAAAUACUGGAAAUAUUAACUAAUUACGAGACAAUCAGACUAAUUUAACACAAACUGCUAGUACCAAGAACAUUAUACGCAAACACGAUAUAGUUUGAAGAGUCAAAUUCUUAAACAAACUCACUACUUUCCGAGGAACAAAAUUUGAAAAAUCUGAUCUGUAAGGAAACGUGAAGAAAGGACUCGAAAGAUUGUUGUAGAAUUAUUUCUAGAAUUAUUUAUAACUCUAUCACAAUUAAACAAUGGCUGUUGUUGGAUUUGAUUUUGGAUACCAGUCAUGUUUCAUCGCAGUGGCGAGACAGGGCGGAAUCGAGACAAUUGCCAAUGAAUACAGUGAUCGCACCACUCCAGCAUAUGUAUCAUUUAUGGAGAAGAACCGUGCCAUGGGCGUUUCUGCCAAGAACCAGCAGAUGGCCAACAUGAAAAACACCAUAUUUGGAUGGAAGAAAAUGAUUGGUCGGAAUUAUACAGACCCCAUAACACAACAGGAAAAGGGUCUUUUGCCAUUUGAGAUAGUACAAACAGAGAAUGAUGGGAUCGGCAUUAAGGUGCAAUAUCUUGGUGAGACACAAGUGUUUAAUCCUGAACAAAUCACCGCAAUGUUGUUCACAAAACUGAAAGAAACGGCAGAAUUGAAUCUGAAAGUGAAAUGCAAAGAUGUUGUGAUCUCCGUGCCAACCUACUUUACUGAUACUCAACGUAGAGCCCUUCUCGACGCAGCCCAACUCGCAGGUCUUAAUUGCUUGAGACUGAUGAAUGAUACAACGGCAGCUGCACUAGCCUAUGGUAUUUACAAACAGGAUUUGCCAGAUGAAAAAGAGAAAUCACGAAAUGUUAUCUUUGUUGACAUGGGACAUUCUGACACGCAGGUUUCAGCUGUGGCGUUUAAUAAAGGGAAAUUAAAGAUGUUAGCUACAGCGUCAGACCCAAGUCUUGGAGGACGUGAUUUGGAUAGAAUCCUAGCGCUGUACUUCGCAGAGGACUUCAAAAAACGUUAUAAGAUUGAUGCCACUCAGAAACCUAGAGCAUUUGCCAGACUUCUUAAUGAAUGUGAGAAACUGAAAAAAUUGAUGAGCGCAAACUCGACCUCCAUUCCAAUCAACAUUGAGUGUUUUAUGGAAGAUAAGGACGUCAGUGGACGGAUGGAAAGGUCCACACUUGAGGAGCUGGCUGCUGGACAAUUUGCCAGAUUUGAAGAUGUCUUGCGGGCAGUUUUAGACAAUGCUAACCUCAAGCCGGCAGAUAUAGAUGCUGUAGAAGUAAUAGGUGGCAGCACUAGGGUCCCCGCUGUCAAGGAAACAGUACAGAAAGUGUUUGAAAAGGAGUAUAGCACAACAUUGAACGCAGACGAGGCUGUGGCUAGAGGAUGUGCUUUACAGUGUGCCAUAUUGUCACCCACGUUCCGAGUGAGAGACUUCUCCAUAACGGACUGCCAGCCCUACGCAAUCACUCUCACCUGGCAGGGUGCCAUAGAGGAAUCCAGCGACCUUGAGGUCUUCCCAAGAUACCAUGCUAUUCCAUUCUCCAAAAUGUUGACGUUUUUCCGUAAAGAACCUUUCAAUGUUGAGGCUCGUUAUAGCCAUCCCAGUGACAUUCCUUACCCUAGUCCAGUCUUAGGGCAAUUUGCCAUAAAGGACAUCAAGCCACAGGCUGAUGGAGAGAGCAGUAAGGUCAAAGUAAAGGUGCGUGUGAACAUCCAUGGAGUAUUCACAGUAGCACAAGCCUCAUUGGUGGAGAAACUUCCUCAAAAGGAGGAAGAAGAAAUGGAGAUUGACCAGAAACUGGAAACAGAGAAUAAUGGCAAACAAACAGAACAGAAUGACACAGCAGCUACAGAUGGGGGAGAACUUAAUGAUGUGAAACCUGCUGGGGAGGAACCCAUGCAGACUGAGGCUGCACAGACUAAGAAUGAGACUCCUAAAGAGAAUGAUGCAGAUGCAGCUACUAAGAAAAAUGAAAAUGCUGAGGAAAAACAGGAGAAUAAAGAAGAAGAUAAGGACAAGAAAGGGGAAGAGAAGAAAAAGAAGAAGAGCAUAAAGAUGAUAGAUCUCCCAGUGGAAGCCAGGGUUCCUGGGCUCAGCAGAGACCAGAUCAACAGUUUCUUUGAGACAGAGAAUAACUUCAUAGCACAGGACAAACUGGAGAAGGAGAGGAUUGAUUCAAAGAAUGCAGUGGAGGAAUAUGUAUAUGAGAUGAGAGAUAAACUAUAUGGACCUCUAGAACAAUAUAUUAGUGAAGCUGAUAAAGAAAAAUUCACAGCAAUGUUAUCGCAGACUGAAGAUUGGUUGUACGAUGAAGGUGAAGAUUGCAACAAACAGGUGUACCUUGACAAAUUAACAGAACUCAAGAAAAUUGGCGACCCAGUGGUGCGACGGAAUUAUGAGGCUCAGUGUCGUCCAGCAGCUUUUGAUGAACUUGGUCGCUCACUUCAGAUUAUUAGGAAAGCUCUCGACUUAUAUGCAAAUAAGGAUGAGAAGUAUGACCAUAUAGACCAGAAGGACAUGGACAAGGUCUCUAAAGCUCUUCAGGAAAAGAGUGCAUGGUUUGAGAAACAGAUGAACCUCCAAUCCAAGAAAGCUCUCACUGAAGAUCCUUUAGUACUAACUCAACAAAUUAGGAAUGAACGCCAGGCACUUGAGACAAUAUGUAACCCAAUACUUAGCAAACCCAAGCCAAAGGUGGAGCCGCCAAAGGAGGAGAAAAAGAAGGAAGGGGAAGGGAAGGGGGAUGCAGAAAAGAUGGAACAGUCAAAUGGGGAGGGCAAGACAGAAACUGAAAAAAAAGAUGAAGCUGAUAUGGAUUUAGAUUGAUGAGAAUUAGACAAUUCAUAUAAUAAUAGUAUAUAAAUGGAUAUUUAUUUCAAGUGUUAUAUUUCUAAAUGAGUAUAACAAGAUUCGAAGUUGUAUGUAUUACGUCAUGUAAUAAC